AUGGCUGCAGCAACACUCGACGAUGUCACCUCCGUGCCGGGCACGACGCACCUCGUCGACCUUCAGGGGACGAUGGAUGCGCCACAUGAGAAACACAAGGAUAUUGUGCUGGUGCCUGCUCCUUCUCAGGAUCCCGAAGAUCCUCUGAAUUGGACGCCACGCAGAAAGCUACUGCACAUGUUCUGCAUAUUCAUUUACUGCCUCUUUGUGGGAAUGGCAUCUGCUGCCGUCUAUUCGGUGCUGGUCCCUCUUUCCAUCGACUCGGGUCUUUCAGUAGCCGAUCUCAAUGCGGGCACUGGAUACAUGUUCUUGUUCUUCGGACUGGGCUGUAUCGUCUUCCAGCCACUCGCGCUCCAGUAUGGCAAGAGGCCAGUCUUCAUCUUUUCCAUGUUGGCUACACUUGCAAUCCAAGUUUGGUCGGCUUAUUGCACGACGAAUGGUCAAUGGAUCGCCAAUAAGAUCCUACAAGGCUUCGUCGGCUCACCCAUCGAAUCUCUGUGUGAGAUCUCCGUGGCGGAUCUGUACUUCACCCAUGAGCGCGCCAAGUACAUGGCCAUGUACGCUUUUUCGUUGACUUCAAGCAACAUUCUGGCACCGAUCUUUGCCGGUUUCAUCUACGACGGUCAAGGAUACAAGUGGGUGCUCUACUGGCCAGCGAUCGGCUGUGGCCUUGGAGCUAUAAUCUUGUUCUUCCUCAUGGAAGAGACGAAUUAUGAUCGAGCACCAGUCAUAGAUUCGACGGCACAUGAGCCCCAUGGUCACGCAGACAGCACUGCUUCGGCCGAAGCUGUCGGACAAGAGACCAAGCUUCCCGUCUCCACGGACACCGAAACAGAGCAUGGUCGAGAAGUCGUUUCCUACCAUCGAAAGACGUACUGGGACAAAUUGAAGCUCCUGGACAAACCGCGGCCGAACCUGCUUCUGACCAUGGCCGCGCGACCUUUCCUGUUUCUAUCGCUGCCGGUGGUUGUCUACUGUGGCUUCGGAUAUGGCGCUGCAAUCAUGUGGUCCAAUCUCAUGACCGGCACGUCAUCUCUGGUUUUGUCAUACCCUCCGUACAGCUUCGAAGCGGAUAUGGUCGGAUUGUUCUCCAUCGCGUCCUUGCUCGGGGUUGCCGUCGGGUGUCUUUGUGGAGGCCCCAUCAGUGACUGGAUCGCUUUGAGGCUGGCACGGCGCAACGGAGGGAUCCUUGAGGCCGAACAUCGGUUGUGGAUCUAUGUCUAUCCAACCGUCAUUUUUCCGGCUGCUCUGAUUCUUUGGGGUGUGGGCGCUGCUCACCACGUCCAUUGGUUUGGACUCGCCGUUGGCUCCUUCUUGUUCUCAACGGGUGUGGCUGUGACCGUCAUCACCAUGGUCAGCUAUUGUAUCGACACGUACAAGGAUUUGAGCAGCGAAGCCAUGGUCACCAUCAUUGUCAUCCGAAACUCGAUGGCUUUUGGCAUAGGUUAUGCGAUUACGCCCUGGGUAAAACUCGGAUAUCAAGACGCUUUCAUCAUCGCGGCUUUCAUGUCGAUGGCUGCCUGUCUCGUCUUUCUGGUCAUGGUGGUUUGGGGGAAACAGAUGAGAGUGAAAACCGCUCACUUGUACCGGAAAUUCGUCAAAGAUGGCGAAACUUUAGGUUUGAGCCAUUCGUAG